AUGUUCUCCAUUGAGACCAAUAAUGGGAAACUUAUUCGAUCACAUUCCAAUUUCCCAGAAGAGGAAGAAAUUCUUCUUCCUCCAGGCAUACAUCUCAAAGUGAUCGAUACGUUUGGCUCGGUUAAUGGUUUACAUGUAAUUCAUCUUCGUGAAAUUCCACCAUUGUAUAAAAUGCUUGCAGAUCCUUUUGAUUUGAGCCAAUGGCAACAGGCUUUACCUCAGUCGAAACUAUUAUCACAUACAUCAAGUUCAGAAAAAAAGGAAAAAAAAUAUUCAACAGCAAGUAUUACACCCAAACCAGCUGGACAAAUAUCGUCAACAAAAGGCAAGUUAAUUUGUAUUGUUAAAGAUGAAAAAGUUUCUACAAAAAAAAAUAUUUGCUUAUGA